AUGGUACCAGACUGUCCGGCCCUGUUCCCAGUUUACACCAGUUGGCAGCCCGCGGACGGAGGGAGAAGGCCCAUUGCACAGUGCUCUUUGGAGCGGGUCCGGCCUGGAGGAUGCGACCUGACAUUGCCCAGGUAUACAGCACAUUCCAACGGACUGAUGAAGUUAGUGAGAGACCCCCAAAGAACCGUCAUUUACGCUGGGGGUGUCCAGGAUCUCUUCAUCAUUAAACCUGAUAGUAACGGCAACGAGGUCAAACCUAUGGGGCUUUCAAUGUUCGAGGAUGAAUGCAAGCAAGAAAGUAAUUCGGAUUGUCGCUAUAACAUAUCACUCUUAAGGGAGGGAGAAGAUGGUUUUCCCUUGUAUAUCUGUGGUACAAUGCCAGGCAAACUGAAAUGCUGUAGCUUGAGCUCAAACAGCUCACUGGUAAACUGCUGGAAGAGAAGUUCUGAUGUAACACGUUUAAAUAUAAAUGAACCAUCGGUCCAAAUUGGAGGUGCUUUGUAUUUUACUGUCUCUGCUAAGAGUGAUGGAGGAGUCAAUACAGCGACAACUGGUCUCUACAGGUUCGGUGAAGACAUGGACAUCUGGCCGCAGGGAGGCCAGAAAGAACAGAGGUAUGUGAAAGUCGUCGCGAGCAGAGGCCGGGAGGAGCCUUUGCAGGACAAGGUUUACACUUUUUACACAGAGAAGAAUUUAGAUGGCAAAGCUCCGGCCUGGAUCCCCAGAGUUUCCCAGUUCUGUGUGGCUGACAAGGGCGGGACCAAAGCACAUCUCCAGUUUCGUUGGACGUCGAUGCUGACUGGCACCCUGGCCUGUGGGGAGAGGGACCAGGGACGAUAUUUUACUGAGCUGAUCGACGUGGCUGUGAUAGAGGCCAAACACUGGAGUGAAACCAAGAUCUACGCCCUCUUCAGAAAUGACUGGGGCAUGAGCGGUGUGUGUGUUUACACUAUGGCCGACAUCGAUGUUGCUUUCAGAACGUCCAGCUUCAAACGGCCCGAGGAAAACGAUACACCGUCACGACUUGGAGAGUGUGUUAAAGACAGUCAGCAGCUUUCUGCACAGGACCUGAUGCUAAUGGCAAAACAGCCUGAGCUGGAGGAGUGGAUAAAGGGGGAGAAUGCCAGCCAUCCUCUUUUAGUUAGCCACCGACGCUACACCCACAUCCAGGUGGACCGGGUUGGGGACAACGCCCAGCACACUGUCCUACUGCUGGCACUGGAGAGUGGAGGGAUCCACAAAAUUUUGGCGGGGAACGGCCAGGCCUUCAUCAUCGCAGAGUUUGAUACCUUCCCACACGGGACCCGCAUCCAGAGCAUGGUCCUGGGCAGCUCUGAGAAAAGGCUGUAUGUUAGUUCCCACACUGAGGUGCACCAGAUCAACCUGAGCAGCUGCAGUCUGUACGGACAUGACUGUGAGGGCUGCGUCCAGGCCAGAGACCCUUACUGUGGCUGGGAUGGACAUCAAUGCACAGAGGCUACGAGGCACACCCGUCAGGAUGUUGUAAACGGAAGUGCCACGGUUUGCCAGAAUGAACCAAAAGGAGAACACCUCAGUGGUGAGAGGGUUUGGCAUGUCGAUCCGUCCUCGCAGGUGUUCCUGGUCUGCCCUGCUAUAUCCAGACACGCCAGGUACACCUGGAUUCACCAUGACGCUGAGAAAGCCUGUGUCCCAGCGGGGCAGCAGUGUGUCCGGCUCAUAGACAGCAUGUCUGAGGAGAACGAGGGAGCCUAUAAGUGCCGGGUCACGGAGAACGGUGCCAGCCGGGUCCUGGCUCAAUAUCACCUAAAGCUGAACAGUGGAGUCUCUCAGGGAAAGAGUGCCCUGCUGACUUUGGCCUGUGCAAUGCUCCUGCUCUCUGUGAUCUACUAGCAAUGUCUGUGGAAGCUGAAUGUUGUCGGGCCUCCCUGAACACACAGCAGUGUUUUCGCCUGGGCAAAGCUUCUCUCUCAACGUUUUCCACCAGCAGCCUUGCCUAUAUCGGUGAGCCAUAACUGCAUCUAGGGAGGAAAUAGUGGUUUCUAUGGCAACCACCAGGAGACCAUAAAAGGACUUCCCAACUCAUGUUCUCACAUGUGGUCUGUAUGAUACACACAUGACACUAUGCUGAGUGAGACAGGACAGUCCAGUGAUGCGUUGUAUCAAUCACCCUCAAAAGCCACAAGCUGCCCGACCAAAGUUGGACGGUCACGUUUUUAACCCUGCGUUUGAGUAACUCACGGACACACCAAAAAAAACGCAGCUGUUUCAGCAAUCAUAUGGUCAGAGACGACUUACAUGUACACACUCCAGUUCUGUUUCUGUAAGGCGUCCUCAAGUGUUCUCUUCAUUUGCCAGGGCAGUGUUUGCUACAGAGUAUAUGGAUAAAUAGCAGAUUAUUUUUU